AUAAACAAAAGUACGAAACGGAAUUUUAAGUCGUGGUUUUUAGGAUGUAAUGACCUUACAUGGUUUGAAGUAUCGAGAAUAUCAACACAUUAAAUUUGAGAUUAUUUUAAUAUUUUAAAGUACAUAAUGUUUAGCACCUUUGUGUCGAAAAUUGUGCCUUGCUUCCGCACGUAUAAUUAAUAACACAUGUUAACAAAAUGAAAUUUGGCGAAAUCAGUUAAGUUUGAUACAGAUUCAGUAUUGUUAAUAUCAACUCAUAUCAUAUUCAGUGAUAUAAAGGUGUUAUAAAUCAUAGUUUAUAUUACCAUGCCUCCACCACCACCACCUCCUCCUCCACCCCCUGCACCACCACUACCAGCAACUUCUGUUGAUACAAGUAGGCCAGAGAAAACAGGAGCAGAUAGAAGUGCACUACUACAAGAAAUCAGAUUAGGCACUCGAUUAAAGAAAGCAGUUACUAAUGACAAGAGUGGCCCUAUUAUUGGAAAUCAGUCAUCAGGAGGAGGAGUUUCUGCUAAAGGAAGCAGACAACCCACAAUGCAGUUAGGUAAUCUUUUUUCAGAGGGAGUGCCAAAACUACGCCAUGUUGGCCACAAAUUUGGUGCAAAUACAGAGACAGGAUCUUCCAGUGAUGCAGAGCCUGAUAAAAUUCAUUUUACUUGUGCAAAUUCUUAUGUUUCUAGUCCAGUUAGUGCUCAUAAAAGCACUAGGGAAGCUGCAUCUAGUGCUGUUACAAAGUCAACUAAUUAUGCACCUAGAAUAACAAAAAGAUCACCUUUUCCAAAUGAUGUAAUCACCAAAGGUCCUGCUCCACCACCACCAUCAGCAAAUUAUAAACCUAUUUUUGAAACAAAUUUAUCUGUCAAUAAAUUGGGACCACCUUUGCCAAAUAAACCACCUGGAAUUACUCGUUCAAGUUCUCAUUGUUAUGCUGCUGGAAGAGGUGCAAGAAUUUCAAGAUCACCUCCAAGUGUGAAACCACCACCUCCACCUAAGAGUCCAAUAUUGGCUCUUAAUGAACCUCCAGCUUUACCUUCUAAACCACCAAGUUUAGUUCGAAGACUUAGUUAUGGUGCUCAUGAUAAUAGAAAUGGAGGAUUUUUACAUAAUAAUUCUGAUUCAAGGUUGAACUCCUAUAAAAACUUUUGUAUAUCUUCUCAUCAAACUAAUGUUCAAGUAUCUCCUACUCGUGUUCAAUCAUUUUCUGCUAAUAAACCAAAUUCAUCUCCUGCACCUCCAUCUAGAACAGGAUGUGUGUCAUCAAAACCUCCAAAUGUAAAACCACCACCACCACCUCCGCCUCCACCACCACCAAAUAGAACUGGCGUAGGUCCAUCUCCUCCAACAUCUGCACCACCUCCACCUCCACAUCAUUAUCGUAUUAAUUUUUCCCAAAAUAAACCUUCUUUAAUAUAUCCAAAUAGUAGUGUGAGUCAUGUGCUACCUCCUCCACCACCACCUUCUCCUCCACCACCUACACGUACAUCAUCUGUGAAAUCUACUUAUGCUCCUGGAAGACCAAUAAUAGGAAACUUUGAGUCAAAAUUUAAGGAUAAAUUUCAUGCCUUUCAAGAAUUAACACCACCUGAUAUCUUCACUAGUCGACCCAAAUUAUAUCCUAGUAAAGAAGCUCAGAGUCAUAGAAGGCAGCCAGCACCACCACCCCCAGGAAUGCCAAAUGGAACUACUUCUCAACCAAAAAUUCAUAUUCAGCUUGAUUCAAGACUAUUUGCAAAUAACAUUGCAGAAUGUUAAUGACUACAGUGAUAAGUUUUGGUCAGCUUUGAGAAGUGAAAAAUAAAAUAAAAUCAAUUUCAUUGCUUAUUAUAUUUCAGAUAAGAUUGAACGUAUGAAUUUAUAGGAAGAAAUAUAUGAUUUCUACUGUAAAUAAAUUGAAAACACAUCUAAAGGAAUUCUAUAUUUUGGUGUCUUGCUGCAAGUCAUUAUGAAGUUAAAAUGGUGAAAGGUAUUUGAUACUGUUGUAAAUUUAAAAAUUUAAUAUUUUCUAUUUGAACAGUCAUCUACAUGAAAAUUGGAAUUAUUUUAAAUGUGUUUUCUUGAUGUAUGAAAUUGUAUGUAAAAUUCUUUAUUCAAGGACUUUUAAUUUGAUAAAUAAAAAGCUUACAUUUAAAUAUUUGUAUAU